AUGGAGAAGAGAAGGAAAGGGUCCUCCCCGGAGUUGAGGCUGAUGAUGGUGGGCACCAGCGGAGCGUCUCAAUUCCAGCUGGCCAACGCCAUCCUGGGGCGGGAGGAGUUCCCUAAGGACACCGUCAGCAUCUCCGGCAGCCGCAAGAUUUUGGGGGAGCUGUCGGGGCGACGGGUGGCCCUGAUCAGUGCCCCCAACCUUUACGAUAAGGACAUAUCUGGCGUCAAGAGGAAGAUGGAGCUGAGAAGGUCGAAGUGCUUGUCGGUGCCCGGUCCCCACGCCUUCCUGGUGGCCUUUGACAUGGAGAAAAUCUCGCCCAACGACAUCAGGACCCCGCAACUCAUGAUGCGGCGCUUCGGGAGACACUGCUUGAGGCACUGCGUGGUCCUGCUGGCCUACGACGAGAACCUGGACGGCACCGCCUCAGCGGGCAUCGUGCAGAACGCCGACUGGCCCCUAAAGCGUCUGAUCGAGGACUUUGGCGGCCGCUUCUACAUUUUCAGCAAGAACUGGCGGGACCGCAGCUAUGAGCGCAAGCUGCUGCGUAAAGUCGAGUGGACGGUGGCCUCCCUGGGCGGCGCCUGCUUCUCCAGCCGAACCUUCCGCAAGGCCGAGCGCAGCGUGAAGAAGGAGGAGAAGAGGCUGAUGAAGAAGGCGGUGGCCGAUGACCAGAAAGCCCGGAGCGAUCCUGAGAGCCUGUCACAUGAGUGGUACUGCCGCAAAGACGGCACUGAGAUCAGGGCCAAAGCCGAAGUGGAUAACGGCUGGCUACGGACGUCCCUGGCAAGAGGGGUGGGGUCAGGCGCAGUGGCAGGGGCCGUCACAGGGACGCUGGCUGGCUCUAUCGAGGGCCCGGGAGGGAUGCUGUUGUAUGGCCUCAUCGGCGGGGCGCUAGGCGCCUCGGCGGGGGCUUCCGCUCAGGUGGCCACCAAGCGCAUGGAAGACAGAGUGGCGCCGCCCGCCAGACUCGACUUCAACUCCAUCUUCAUCAAUCGCUUCUUUGCCACGCCUCGGCCCUGA